AGGCAUGGUCUGUCUUGAAGCCCCCUUUCUCUCAUCUCUUCCUGGAUAGAAAUACGGAGGUGGUAGGGUAUCCGACUUCUCUUCUUUUUCUCCAUGGCAGCUCAUCAAAGCCGAUUUCAGACUUGAAUUCUGUGAGGCUGAUUGCGGAGCUGUCUAAACCAGAGGCCCAGAGGAACCGGAUCUGAGAAGCCUGUGAGCAGAGAUCAACCCUACCCAGGACCAAAACUCUCACGGAAAGCACCUGUUGCAGAGGCUGGGCUUGAAAUAAAGGUGAAGGCCAGUUUCUGAGCUCUGUUCUUAGCCAAACACAAGGAAGAUAUUGCUGGGGAACGUUUCUUUGGAGGUUUCUGCAAACUGGACUGGUUUUGUUCGCAGAAAGCCCAGCAUCUUUUAUUCAGAUAUCCAAUUGUCAGGCAUGGCUAGCAUCCUUGCUCGGAUGGGUAACAGUCGCAGGCAGAAUGCAGCUUUUCUGCCUUUGGCUCAUUCCAUGCUGAGGGCCCUGGGGCGGAGUCUUGGUCCUUUGAUAGCCAACAUGGCAGACAGAAACAUGAAGCUGUUCUCUGGGAGGGCAGAGCCAGCCCCGGGGGAAGAAACCUUUGAGAACUGGCUAAGCCAAGUCCAUGAGGCCCUGCCAGAUUGGCAUAUGCCUGAGGAGGAAAAACUCAACCGCCUGAUGAGAACCCUUAGGGGCCCUGCCCGGGAGGUCAUGCGUUUGCUCCAGGCUGCCAAUCCCAACCUAAAUGUGGCAGAAUUUUUGCGGGCAAUGAAAUUGGUGUUUGGGGAGUCUGAGAGCAGUGUGACAGUCCAUGGUAAAUUUUUAAACACCCUGCAGGCACAGGGAGAGAAGCCAUCCCUGUAUGUGAUCCGUUUAGAGGUGCAGCUGCAGAAUGCGAUUCAAGCAGGGGUCCUGGCUGAGAGUGAGGCAAACAGGAUUCGCCUGCAUCAGCUCCUUGCAGGGGCUGAGCUGAGUAGGGACCUGCGCAUCAAGCUUAAGGGUCUUCUCCAAAUGCAUGCACAUAAUGAGCAGGAAGACCUUCCUGAUUUCCUUGAGUUGAUCAGGAUGGUAAGGGAAGAAGAAGAUUGGGAUGACACUUUUCUUCAAAAUAAGCGGCCCAGAAGAUCUGAGACAAUAAUGGAGAGGGCAGCCAGCCCUGUAGUAUUUCAGGGCUCCCUGCCCAUAGUGAUUGGCAGCGCUGACUGCAAUGUGAUAGAGAUAGAGGAUUCCCAGGAUGACUCAGAUGAAGACGUGAUCCUGGUGGAGUCUGAGGACCCCUCAUUCUCAUCCCCAGGUGACUCAUCUCUCAGAGGCAGAGCCACUACUCAGGAUCAAAUGCUAGUUAUUGAACCCCCCAACAAUUUUGGUGAUGAGUCUCCUUCCACUAGCAGUGGUUCUGGGCAAAGGAAUAACGGGCCUGGGGAUCUCAGGAGAACCAGAAAGCGAAAGUACCCAAUUCGCUGUCCCCAUUGUGGUGAAGAGGGCCAUGUGAAAGAAACCUGUGACAAUGCCAGCAACAAGGCACAGGUUUUUGAGAAUCUGAUAGUCACUCUGCAGGAGCUGACUCAUAUGGAGAGAACAAAAUCCUCUGCCCCAUACUAAGGCAUGAGACUCAGCCCCAGAUCAAUGUAACUCUCCCCAGAAACCGAUUCUGGAGGAACAGUG